UUCUUCUUCUUAUUAUAUUCUCUCUCUCUCUUAACCCUCAGAGUCAACACAUCCACUCUCUGUUAUCCCAUUUCUCCAGUCGCCGUUCUCAUCCCACUACUAUAUUGCUCCUUAGACCCCACCACCACCACCACACACCCUUCUCUCCCUUAUAACAACACUCUUUCACUCUUCUUCUUCUUCUUCUUCCACCACCACCACCUCCUCCUCCUCCUACUUAUAUUACCCCUCAUUACACCAAAAUUCCAUGCAACCCCUCUUCAUAAUCUUAUAAAGCAAAACAAAAAAGAAAAUAUCUCUCUGUUUCCUAUCUUAUGGACUUGUAAACCUCCACCCGUAUCCAUCAAUACUCAAAAGACCCCACUUUUUAACUCACUUGUCUUUGCUUCAAUUUUGAUUAUCAUGGAGAACUACUCUUAUAACUCGUACCCAGAAUCCGGUGACUCUUCGCCGCGAUCCCGAGAGAUCGAGUUUGAGAAUCCCACUCCGUGGGAGGAUCAGUCCCAGCAACCUCAAAGUUACAAGGCCAAAUUCAUGUGUAGCUACGGUGGAAAAAUCCAUCCACGCCCACAUGACAAUCAACUCGCUUACAUUGGUGGCGACACUAAAAUUCUCGCCGUUGAUCGUAAUAUUAAAUUCUCUGUCAUGAUGAGCAAGCUCGCCUCUCUUUCUGGUGAUACUGAUAUCUCUUUUAAAUACCAGCUGCCUGGCGAAGAUCUCGAUGCUUUGAUCUCUGUUACCAAUGAUGAUGAUCUUGAGCACAUGAUGCAUGAAUAUGAUCGUCUCUUUCGUGCUUCUAAUAAACCUGUUCGCAUGCGCCUGUUCUUGUUUCCGGUGAACCCAUCUCCAGCCGCGAGUUUUGGUUCUGAGGGUUCCAAAUCAGAGCGUGACCGUUUCGUUGAGGCUUUGAAUUCGGGUCCCACUCAUGUUCCUGAAAGUACCAACACCAAACCACUGCAAAAUAAUGUUGAUUUCUUAUUUGGGUUAGAAAAGGGUAUUCCUCCUCCGCCUCCUCCAGCAGCGCCGAUCAAGGUGCCGGAUUUAGCAGAAGUGCAUGUGGGAGUGGGUCAUGAUGAUCGGGUUAUCGGUUCGGAUCCAGUGGCCAUACAUACUCAGUUACAGAGGAUGCAGAUUAGGGAACAAGAGCAGCAAACCAUGUAUAGAAAAAACAGCGACGAUAAUUUAAUGGGUGGUUACAGCGGCGGCGGCGUUGGAGGAGAAUAUUUCGGCCAAAAAUUGCCUGAUAAAAUUCCACCGCCGUCGAGUUUACCGGUUACUGCUCCUGCGGGAUUUUGGCCGGAGAAACAAAUACAGAGCGGAGGAUUCCCGCAGGCUGCGAUGGCUGUAGCGACAACCCCGAUGCCGCCAGAGCAACAACUUUAUGUGUUACAGGGUCAUCCGCCCGGUACUGUUUAUCAUGCUCCGGUAAUGCGACAGGUGACUGGUCAAACAGGUCAACCAUAUUACAUGCAAAGAAUGGGAGGAGGAGGAGGACCUGAAGUUUACCGGGAACAGCCGAUGUAUAAUAUGGUUCCGCCACCGCAACAGCAGGGGCCCAUGGGAGUCAUGAGGCAAGGAGGGCCAGGAGGAGUUGGGAUGACAGAUGGAGGUUAUGCACAAGUAGCGUAUGAUAGUGGAGUUGGGAGACAGGUCUACUAUACGGCGCAGGGAGGUGGUAUGGUGCAGCAACCACAACAACCUUCUCCAUAUCAAGGUGUUGGUGGUGGGGUGGCAGUUAGCGGUGAAAUGAGACAUGCUGGUGGUGGUGCUGGUGGUGGGGCUCUGAAUCAGGAGGGCAAAGUGGUUAAGGUUUCACAAUCUUCAGUUUAAUUAUGGUAAAUUAAACUAUAAAUAUUAAUAUCAUCCAUAAUCCAUAUUUAUAGAUAUGCUUCUAGUUUAAGUUAAUUAUGUGCUUUGAUGUUAUGUGAAUUGUUAGUCUUUCUUUUUUCUUUUUCUUUUUUUUUGUUUUUUUUUUUUUUGUUCCCUUUUUGUAUACAAUGGUUAAGAUCAAAUGAAUUACUAAGUAGUUUUGUUUAACCUGCAA